AUGGCGCCCUCCGAGAACUUGCAGCCAGAAGAACAAGCUUGGCAAGCUGUCUUUGAGCGGCUCUGCGAACGAUUCCCAGAGACAGGUGCAACGAAAGUGGCUGCUAUCCUCCGUGAGAACAAUGGCCAUGCAGGCCAGGCAGCAGCUGCCAUCCGGGACCUUGGCGGCACUGGCAAACGGGAAGUCGAUCCUGAUGACCAGGAGCACGUGAAGACACUUCUGACAAGUCCUGUCAUGUUCGCCGCUGUGUGCAAGGAGAACUUUCGGAAGUUUGACGCGAACGGCGAUGGAGUCUUGAGUUGGACGGAGGUUCUGCCCCUCGUGAACAGCCUCUAUGAGAGCUUCGGCUUGCAACCGCCGCGCGAGGGCAAUCUGCGGUCGUUCUUCGAUGCCACAGACCUUAACAAGGAUGGCGUUCUCUCAGAGCGGGAGUUCAAAAAGUUCUUCGAAUGCUUUCUUCGCUACGCAUUCUUUGAUGUUGUGCAGAAGGAAUCGGCCAACGCCAAGCAGGUAACCACCACGGAAGCGAAGGAGGAGCCAGAGGAGAAGGCAGAGAAGGAGAAGCCGGUCGAAGACAGAAGGCCAGCGAACCCAGCGGUGGAGACAAGAGGCGGCUAUGAGCGGCAGGACAAGGCCGCGCGAACAUCGCAAGUCGCACAAGGAAGUCCAGGCGUCCCAUUUCGUGUCAUUGCUCCUCAUGGCAUCUCCUGGAGGAGAAGCCCCGACUUCAACGACAGAAUGGACAGCAGUGUCAAUGCAGGAGAAGUGGUCAAGGUAUUGGAGCAGUGGGUCAAGACCGACAGAGGUUGGCUUCCGCUGCACGACGCUCGCGGCAAACCUCUGCUGCAGCCUGCCAUGGAGGACCUUGAGGGCCGUCGAGCUCCAGCAGGAGCAGCAGGCCCAGCUUUCACAGCUUGCAGGCGUGAGAAGAAGCCGAAGGAGGCAGAUGCUGCACAACCUGACGAUGAGCCGAAGCUUCGAUCCGGAGAGGAGGAUUGGAAAGAACGCUUGGACCGCCUGCAGGAGCGCUUUCCAAUGCUAAGUUCUGGGCAAGUGCUGCAGAAACUCCGAGCUCAUCAAGGUCAUGCAGGACACACGGCAGCGGCGCUGCGUGAGCUCAUGGGCCGCCAUGGAGGAUAA